AUGAGAGUGGAGACGCUAGAUUGGGAUACGAUUUCCUUAAAACUGGAGAACUCCAUAAAUGAUCCAAAGAUUAACCAAAGAAAUCUCAAAGAGUCAAGUUUAUCGACUGCGGUUGAAAUGCAAGAUUAUAAAAUCCUACAAUAUUUAACCAAGACAAAGGGUGGACUUAUUACCAGCGAAUUCAGAAAGGUUAUUUGGCCGGUAUUAUUAGGUGUUGAGCAUUUGGAAGAUGAGGUUGAGCCGGAUUGGAGAUUAUUACCUCAACACAAGGAUGAAGAUCAAGUUGGGCUAGAUGUUGAAAGAUCAUUCGUUUACUAUCCUCAAAACAUACCAAGUACGGACAAGCGAAAACUCAAAGACGAUCUGAGAAGCAUUAUCACACGAGUUUUGAGAACAUACCCAGAGCUCUCUUAUUAUCAAGGAUAUCAUGACAUUUGUACCGUUUUCCUUCUGGUUUUUGAGGAUGACUUAGAAUUGUGCUUUAAAGUUCUUUCAAUCUUCACAUUGGUCCACUUGAGAGACUUUAUGAUGCCCAAUAUAGACGUGACGCUUAAAAUGUUGAAGUUGAUUCCUGAAUUGACUUCUAAAAUUGAUGAAGAUCUUUAUAACGAUCUAAUAAUGGGCAACUUGGAACCUUUUUACGGUCUGUCUCCAAUCAUUACGUUGUUUUCACAUGAUAUAACUGAAUUUAGCACUAUUUGUCAGAUAUUUGACUUGAUAAUUGCCAAUGGAUCAAUAGGGGUCACCAUUUAUAUCUAUGUUUGUCUAUUAUCAAACAAGAAAGAUAAGAUUUUUGAG